AUGGGGUGAUGCAAUUAUCUUUUUGUCGAGAGCACUCCCACCGUCCCGGAUUACAAGUUAGUAGCCGGAGAUCUGGUCAAUGAUGAUGCGGCUCCAACAUUCGAGAGAAAAUGCACUCCCGGACCGCAGGAACGUUGGCUUACUGUGCUCCCGGGAAUCGGUUGGGACAAUCUGGUGAAUGAGGAACGUGGACCGACUAUCGAUUUGGAAAAAUAUGACAGUUGCCGACACUCAAUAGAUGGACAGUUCUUGAUUCCGGAUGAUAUUUUAAUAGAACCACGCAAGCACUCUCAAGUUGAUCUCACCUCAGACGUGUUUGAGUCCACCAGUCAGUGUACCUCAUUGACCGCCUAUUCGAUCAAUUCCGCGAUCGAUUUCGGCGCCACCUAUUACCGGAUCAAUGGGGAUUUCUCGUUCGAGAAAGAGUCACUUCGACAAGAUUUAGUACGAGCUUGA